AUGAUAAGACGUCCUAAGAAGGGUGAAAAUGAAGAAGACUUAUUGCGGAUGCAAGAAGAAUUUCUAAGAGAAAAAAGUGCGCCUUCAGCACAAGUUGUAAAUUUACGAAAAACUGAACACCAAACAACUAAAAGAACUAAUUCUAGUACCUCAGAAAGAAAGCAAUCUAAAUAUGCUAAAUCUAAAGGGCUUCAAAAUUCGGAAAAAAGGACUAAAGUUGAAAACAGUACCGGUUCUGUUUUUGGAGACAUAAUGGAGAAAAAUGUGUCUGAAGAACAACAACCAGAGCGUGCUGAAUUUGAAGAUGAUAAAGUUUAUUAUCCUAAAGUGCUACCAUUUGUCCUUGGUGAUAUAGUUGAAAAAAGCAAUGAUGACUUUUUAAGCUUGGAUUUUAAGAUGACACCCCAAGGCUUUCCGGCUGUUGUCAAAAAUGACUUUAAAUUGAAACCUACCCCAAAGAAAGGUUCUUUCCCUUUUAAAAAAUUAGGUGACAUUGAAGAAGAAAAGAUGGAUAUUGAUAUAGCUUCAGGUUCUCAUUCAAGUUCUACAUCAAAGUUAAAUAUUCCUAACAAAAGUUAUAUCCUCAAAUCAAAUGAGGCUAAUGCUAUUCACAGUGAAAAUGUUAAUAUGUUAAGUAAAAUGACUGAAGAAGAGAUAUUAUCAGAGCAACAUAAACUGUUGUCUAGCUUGGACCCAAAACUGGUAGAUUUUAUAAAAAGUGUGAGGAAACCAAGCAAUACUAAUCAAAUACCACUUGGGAAUCAGUCACAGAAUCAAGAAAUGGAUAUUUCUGAGCCUAAACAAGAGCAGACAAGUAAAGUUGUACAAGAAAAUGAUCUGGUUAAUAAUGAUACACUAUGGGAGAGUGAUGUGCUAUCUCAUCCUCAUAUCAAUCAAUGGAUUCAUUUCAAUGAUCUAGAAAAAGAAAAGAUGGAAUGGAUGAAAGGCAUUGAAGAGAGUAAAAAGAUUAAACCUAAUGAACCUUUUGAAGCAAGAUUUGAUUUUAAAGGGUACCUUCUACCCUAUACUAUGGAGUACACCGAGGAGACCAAGACUUUGUUCCAUCAUGGUGAGGAACCACACCGACCAGGCUACUCCAUAACAGAACUUAUUGAGCUAUCUCGCUCUACUAUCAUACAACAAAGAGUCAUGGCUCUAAAUACUAUAGCUGGGCUUUUAGAAUAUUACAUUUCAGGUUUCUAUAAAGAUGUUAUAGAAGUUCCAUUGAGCAAACUAUUUUUUGUGAUCAGAAUUGCAAUGGAUGAAAAUAAAACCAUUCUGUUACAAGCAGCACUAAAGGCUAUGAGAAAUUUACUAUAUAACAGAAUUGAUGAAGCCUGUCUUGAUGCUUUACUGGGAUUUGAAGAAGGCUCGUAUCAGCCUUGUUUAGAAAAUAAUAAAUCAGAAAUUUCUGAGAUAGAAUCAGAGGAAUCAGAACUAAAAGAUUUUCACUUGGCUGAAAUAGAUCUUUUGUCAGCUGUGCUUAGAACAGACAUAUUACAAAGACUUUACUAUAUCUUAGAAUGUGUAAGACCAAGUUUUGAUUGUGUGCAGUACUCAUUGCAAAUACUGACAAGGAUAUCACGUGACUCAAUAGAAGCAUCUCAAAAUAUAGUCAACAUGGAACAUUUAAUGAAUUCAAUUAUUCAAAACUUUGUUCCUACUACAAGUGUAAAUUUUUCAUUUGGACCAAACAUUGUUUAUAGUGGCAAACCUAUUUUGUCAGCUUUAAAAUUAAUAAGGAUUUUGUCUUUGCAAAACAAAGACAUUGGAGAAAUUUUAAUAACCAAAUAUAAUAUAUUAGAACCUCUAUCAGAAUACAUAAGAUCAGGUGUGGAUGGUACUUAUGGUUUAAGACUGCAAGUAGAAGCUUUCAGCAUUUUGUCCAACCUAAUUAACUAUGGACUUGGAGUUGAUAAGGUCUUCUCAUUGUUUCCUAUAAUUAUUACCACAAUAUAUAAACAUGUUCAAGGCACAGAUAUCUUUAUUUCUUCAUCAAUAAUAUCAGUACAACAUGCAGCUGUUGUUCUACAACUGUUAAAUAAAAUGUUCAAUUGCCCUAUGAUUAAUUUAGAUAACUAUAAAGAACAGGCUUAUCCAUUAUUGAAAGAAGGCUUGCAGAAAUGGCUGAUGCAAACUGCUACGAUGGAUGAAUAUACAUGUGGACAUUUGAGGCUCUUAUGUUCGGCUCUAGACUGCUGUAAGACAGUCUUAAUAAAUGAGAAAGUGACACUGAAGUUCCUCAAUGACUCCCUGAAAACAUUUGUAAGUUCCAAAGGUUUUAAAAACAUUAUCAAAAACCUUGUUCCAAGCUCCAAUCUUGUGUCCAAUAUAGAUGAAAAUGAUUUAAAUUCUUUUAAAAAUCUUGUCAGCCUUGGUGGAUCUAUCAUUGAUUCAACUCAAAAAGUCCUUCCAAUAUUGAAUAUUUUGUCCCCUAUCCCAGUUUUGGUGUCAUUGUUUAAAUUGUUGAACAUUAUAAAUGAUAUAAAUAUAUCAAAACUAUUUUUAGAACAACUUACAGAAUACUUAACAAAGUUGUCAAAGAAAGAGCCAAGUUUAUGCAGCAACUGGUUUACAAGAAUGGAAAUUGAUUUUGUUUUUAACAUAGUAAAGUUACAUUCAAAGACCAUCACUUCAGAAUCAUCGAAAGAUUUAAUUUACUCCGUAUCCAGCACACUAUGUUACAUACUCAGAGUUGAUAAAAAAUCUGAAUUAGAUUACCUGUUCAAUAAUAUAAUUUAUAACAAAGAUUGGUUUACAGCAGAAAGAUUAUUGAACAUUAUCUCAUUAUCUGAAGAUGAUGGGAUUGGUGAAGUCUUAGUGAAUGUAGAUGAUAUUAAAGCAUGUUAUACAAAAGUAAUCAAUGCAAAUAAAAUUGAAAUAAGUGGUAAUAUUGUAUUGAAGGAGUGGCGGGAUCCAGUGUUGCCGAGGGACUGGAUUUACUUACCAAUAUUGUCUCUAUAUAGCAGUAGUCAGGCAACACCAAGCCCGGAAGUAAUAGGUGAACAUGCAAUACGAGUCAAGCAACAGAUUGCAGCUGAAAAGGAAAUGUUAGUGAAAUGCAGCCUUCAAUGGAUUGUGUUCAAUGAAAUGUGUUUUCCAGACUUGUUGAAAGACAUAGACAUAACAGAUAGAUUCUGUAGAAUAAUGUGUGUAUACUUAUGUGAUAACUCACUAUUUUUAGAUAAAACUAUACAAGUGUUGUUAAAGAAAUGUAUACAAUUGUUAUUUAGAAAGGGUAAUGAUUUUAAUUUUGAUAAACAAUUGACUGGCCUAAAUAAUUUUCAAGAUUUCUACACACAGUUUCUGGAGCAGUUCCAAUCAGUGAGUUAUGGAGAUCCAAUAUUUGCUGCCUGUGUUUUGGUGCCAUUGGCCCAAAGACAUAAUGUAAAGUGGCGAAAAUUAUUGUGGUCCGAAUAUGCAGGUUGCUUAAGGGCCUUAGACUGUCCAGAGAGUUAUUUAUGUUAUGAGUUCAAUGAAUAUUUGUGUCCAGAGGAAACAGACGAAUCUCUUAUAAAAUCGUAUUUCAGAGCCCUUUCUAGUAACUUAUUGAGAAGUAACACAAUUGCUUAUAGAAUAGCUAAUCAUCAUGUUAAUAGCUAUAAGAAACGAAUAAACAAGUGA